AGUAUAGUAGGCAUUUUUAAUAGCAUCUGAAAUAGCAGUUUAUUUUUUGGCUUUUAUAAAAUUUGAAAUCACAGUAAAGUAUUUUUUAACCUCUAAUCCCGAGCCAGCAUGUCUUUGGGUCGAGCUAUCGGGGGUUUAGUACUUACGGGUGUUCCCCGGAGCCGGAGUUUGCAUCAGAGGAGAACGCGAAGACCAUUCCCUGUAGUCCCAGAUGCGAGGAUGAAGACCCCCGCGGAGUCAUCCCGACCACCGCGUAUCCUGGUCAAAAGCUUCCUGGCCCUACAUCAACUGGACUCGGCAUAUAUGCAAGAUGCUCCUCGCGAUCUUAGAGACUUCUUUAUGUCAAAUUGGAAAAAUGUCAAGAGUUAAUAAAUACACAAGUCUGAACUGACGACAAAAAAAAUCCAAAGGCUCACAAAUAAAUAUAUUAUGUACAUUUUUGUAAA